AUGGCGCAACGGUACGACGAGCUGGCGCACUACGGAGGCGCCAUGGACGGAGUGGGCUCCAUGUACGGGGACCCUCACGCGCCCCGACCGCUGCCCCCGGUGCACCACCUGAACCACGGGCCUCCGCCGCACCCCACGCAGCACUACGGGGCCCACGCACCGCACAACAUGCUCCCGGGAAGCAUGGGCAGCGCGGUGAGCGACGCACUGAAGCGAGACAAGGACCACAUCUACGGACACCCGUUAUUCCCGCUGCUGGCACUGGUGUUUGAGAAGUGCGAGUUGGCCACGUGCACGCCGCGGGAGCCGGGCGUGGCGGGCGGCGACGUCUGCUCCUCCGACUCCUUCAACGAGGACAUUGCCGUGUUCGCCAAACAGAUCCGAGCUGAGAAGCCUCUGUUUUCAUCAAACCCAGAGUUGGAUAAUCUGAUGAUCCAAGCCAUCCAGGUGCUGCGCUUCCACCUGCUGGAGCUGGAGAAGGUGCACGAGUUGUGUGAUAACUUCUGCCACCGCUACAUCAGUUGUCUGAAAGGGAAGAUGCCGAUCGACCUGGUCAUCGAGGACCGCGACAUGUGCAAGGCGGACUUCGAUGAGUUGUCGGGGUCCUCCACAAACCUGGCCGACCACAACCCCGCCUCCUGGAGAGACCUGGACGACGCCCACUCCACUCCCUCGGUGGGGACCCCGGGGCCCUCCAGCGGGGGCCACGUAUCUCAGAGCGGGGACAACACUAGUGACCUGGGUAAGGAAGACUUCUCCAUAUCAAAGGCCUGA